AUGUCCAAACGUGCAGCACCAAAACGCAAAGCAGCUACUGCAGCCGAACAUGAAAUAAAACGAGCUAAAGGCGAAACUGAUUUAUUUAAUUUAAAAUGGUAUGAACAUGGUGAACCAUUAUCUAAAGGUUUCGUUCCCUUAGUUUAUCUCUAUGGUGAUACAUUACCUGGUUGCUCAAAAAUUGCUGCAUUCGAUAUGGAUUCAACAUUAAUUAAUGUCAAAUCUGGAGCUAAAUUUGCUAAGAAUCAUGCCGAUUGGGAAUGGUGGCAUCAAAAAGUUCCGAAAAAACUUGCUGAACUUCAUAAAGAAGGUUAUCGUUUAAUAAUCUUUACAAAUCAAGCUGGCAUUGAAAAACAACACACAAAAUUAGAUGACAUAAAACGUAAAUGUGAAAAAUUAAUUGAAGAAACCAGUGCACCUAUGUAUGUAUUUAUUGCAACGGGUGAAAAUCAUUUUCGAAAACCAGCCACAUCAAUGUAUGACUUUUUCAUUGAAAAUUGCAAUCAAAAUGUUGACGUUGACAAGAAAAAUAGUUUUUAUUGUGGUGAUGCCGCUGGCCGAGUAAACAAUUGGUUGCCUGGAAAGAAAAAAGAUUUUUCAUGUGCUGAUAGAAAAUUUGCUCAUAAUAUUGGUUUAUCUUUUAAAACACCCGAAGAAUGUUUUCUUGAUGAAGCUCCAACCAAUAAAUUUGAAUGGGGUUCAAUUAAUCCAAGUGAAUACGUUACUAAGCUAUCGUCCGGUAAAACAACAAAUGCUACACAAACUUAUCAUAAAACGACGCAAGAACUUGUUAUUUUACAAGGACCACCAGCAUCAGGAAAAAGUACAUUUUCUCGUCGAUAUUUUAAACCCUAUAAUUAUGAAAUUAUCAAUCGUGAUACACUUAUAACGCCGGCGAAAUGCUUGAAAGCAGCAACGGAUGCUUUAAAGAAUGGUAAAAGUGUCGUAGUUGACAAUACUAAUCCAGGCGCAUCUACUCGGUCUGAAUACAUCGCACUAGCUAAAUCGUAUGAAGUUCCGUGCCGUUGUUUUGUUUUGAAUACUCCGAUUGAGUUAUGCCAUCAUUUAAAUUAUGUUCGUGUUCAUCAAACAGCCGGUGACGUUCGUCGCGUACCAGAUGUUGGCUAUAAUAUGUAUAAGAAGAAUUACGAAGCACCCAAAACAAGUGAAGGUCUCGAAGAAAUAAUACAUGUUGACUUUGUGCCAAACUUCGAUUCAGAAACACAUGAAAAAAUUUUUCACUAUUAUACAGAAUCUUAG